AUCGGUGGAAGGAUUUUGAGAUAUAAAAUUUUAAAUAAUUAGGUAAAUUAUUUAGUUGAGGGAUAAUAAUGUGUGAUAAUAAACUAUUAAAUAUCGAAUAAAACUGUGCGGAAAUGUACUUUCAAUUAUUUUGUUAACACAAUCUGCCAUAUGUUUUGGCGUCGGUAUUGAUUUUGUCAGUAGUUUCAUACGUGGUUGAUUGAAGGGAAAGAUUUGAAAGAUAUCGCAAUCCUACACAUCUGUUUAUGUAAUAAAUUCAAAUCAAAAAUAAAUAAAUAUGAAGAGAAUGAAAUAAGUCGAACAUUUUGCAGAGAGAAACGAUUUCCACGGAUUUCUUUAUAAAUUGAAUUUUCGCAAGAGUUAUAUUCUCAGCCAAACUUCCUCAAAUCCAUAACAAUAGACUGAUAAGAGUGCGAUGACUGCUGACUCAGGUAUGCGAAAUAUUUUUGGUAGUAAUAGUACAGUUGGGGGUGGAGGAGGUGGUGGUGUGUUUGGUGGCCCCAACAAUGGACGUACAAUAGCAGGCAGCGGUGGUACUAUAACAUCGGCAAACCCUUCUGGUGGUUGUAGUUCUGCACUUUUACAAAAACAAAUGUCUUUCAAGACUUCCGUUGGUGCAAAUCAGUUAUCAAAAGCCGACGAAAUAGAAGUUAUCGAAAGUGCAAAUAUGGAUGGCGGUUCAAAUAGAUAUAACAAGAAUACUGCCCUCGGUUGGAUCUGUUGUGCUCCUUGCAUAUGGUUACGUACAUCAGCAACAGUUCAUAAAAUAGCAAUUACAACGGCAACUUUGCUUGUUACUUCAUUAUUGGUGGCGUCUCCUAUUUUAUUUUUGAUAAGCACGGCACCAUCACAACUGCCACGGGAUUGUUAUACCGAUGAUGAUGAUUGCAUGCCGACAACCGCUCCGCCGCCUGAAUGUGUCGAUGCAGUAUGUCGUAUUGCUGCUUCUAGUAUACAAGCCAAACUUAAUUGGCAUCUGGAUCCAUGUACAGAAUUUAAAAAUUUUAGUUGUUCUGCUACUGUUCAUGGAUCAGGUUUGAUAAGUUUACGUGCAAUGCGUAGUGCACAGGAGGCGGUAGAUAUGCAAAUGCAACAACUAUUGCAGCACAAUACUACUUCUGGUCCAUUUAGAAAACUAGGCCGUUUGUUUGGUAGCUGUUUACGACAAACAACGAACUCAUCGACAAUUCAGUUAGUGCUGGAACAAUUGGGUGGAUACUUACCAAUUGGAGCUUUAGGCCCUUCCUCAAUAUCGAAUUUAAUUUCAAAAAUUUAUGAAUUGGGUCCGACACCACUUGUUGAUAUUUACUAUGAUCUGAGUUAUGGUAGGCGCCCACACGUAUUACUUAUAAUAAGUGGUCCCAGCACAUCUGCGCCAAUUUUAGAAAAUAAAAUUCGUUGGAUGGGUCCUAAAGCACCACCAUAUUCAAUGAAGCAAGGAGAACCAAAAUUACUGAAUAGUUUAUUAGAAAGCUUUCUACCCAGUGGCUUGACGUAUGACCAAAAGGCCUCAGAAAAUGAAGCUAUUUCAACUUUUAUUAGAGCACUAAAUAAGAUAUGUGUUGAACAUUCUCGGAGAGGAUUUUGGAAUAGUUCUGUUUUUUAUAAUAUAUCAGCUGUCCAAGAACAAUAUCCAAUACUGAACUGGAGUACACUGAUACCGAGUAACUGGAGUGGACCAAUUGUUGUUAGAAGUUCAGAUUAUUUGAAGGCUGUCGAGCAGCUGCUAACGAAAUAUCCAACUCGUGUAGCACACAAUUCUCUUUUACUUCUAUUUGCUUUAGGAAUAUUGCCACAGGACAAACCAAAUCCAACAGUUUGUACACGUUCAACCAUGUGGGCAUUGCCUGAUAUCACUUCGGCAUUAUAUGUAGCACAGCAUUCGUCCGAUGACUUAAAUGAUGUGAUAAGAAGAACAGAAGUUGUAUUUAAGUCACUCAAAGCGCAUUUAAAACGUGCCCCUUCUUUGAAAGGAGCUGCCUUGGUUAAAUUAUCGGCUUUGAAGAUUCAAUCGCAACCUUGGAAUGGAUUUACGAAUUUCACAGCAAUGAUUAGGCAAUUAGAAUCUAUUGAAAUAACAACAGAUAAUUGGUUUGAAAAUGUUCUGAAAAUAUACAAACGAAAUAGAAUUGUACCAGAAUCCAUAAAUGUUGAGAUGGAUUCCCACGAUGCUUGGGCUUAUCCUAUUGUUGCUAAAAUAUUUUAUGAUACUCUAAGUCACUCCAUAGUUGUUCCUUUAUCAGUAAUAUUGGUGCCGUAUUUUGAUGAUAGACUACCACCAUAUUUGCAAUAUGCUUCCGUAGGUGUAGCAAUUGCUAAAGAGAUUUUAAGAUCUAUCACAAAAACUUUUGAAGAUAAAGCCAUGAGAUGCGUACCAAAGUCCGUUAAUAUCUUUUCGAACUAUAGCCGGAUGGAUAUACUUAUUCAGUCAGGUGGCAUGCAAAUUUCGUAUCAUUCGAUGCUCUCACUCACUGGACCUAUAAAGGGAAUGGCACGUUUACCGGGACUGAAUUUAACUCCAACACAAAUAUUCUUCUUAGUAUCAGCACAGGAGUUGUGUGCAGAGUCGGACUAUACGGGCAUCGACACGGACGCUAGUGAGUUUGAAGAUAUUUUGGGCUGGCUUGUGGCACAAGGUGGUAGCGCUACUGAGGUAUUCAAAUGUCCAUCGGGUUCGAUGAUAAAUGCUCAAAAAACUUGCAAUGUGUUAUAAAUUUCGUUAUGAAAAUAAUUGAAUUUAGUGUUAUUUUCUUUCCGGAUUUGGAUUAGGUAUUGUUAUAUAUAAAAGUACGGUCACUUUUUUUUAUCUAUUUUAUAUUGAAUGCUUAAAAAGACGGAAGAUAAUAAUAUCGAAAUAUCUACUCUAUCCACACAUCUGAGAUAAAAAUGUGGUUAAGUACUUUUAAUACUAUUGCUAUAGUUUUGAAAAUAUGUUUUUAAAGGA